AUGGCGAAUCCUGGGCGGCGGUCGCGUUCGACCACUUCGGCUUCUACUAGGAGCAUACCAAGACCCCAGUCUCGAGCAUCGACAGCAAGCAUGCAUUCGACGAAUGCGCAAAAUACCCCACCAGAGACGCACCUGCAGUUUCCGCCGCAUCCGCAACCACACGCUCAAGACCAGCCUGUCAAUCUCGCUUCGACAUAUUCGAUGCAUGUUUUGUUAGAAUCUGCGCAACACGUUAGCAACGCCGAGGGUGCAAUGUCUGAACACGGCACACGCAGCCAUGGGCAACUGUACGGAGAACAGAUGCCUUCGCAAACCACGCAGAAUGGGCAAUAUGCAAGUGCAUACGGGCACUUGCCGCCCACAGAUCUUGGAAACUCCCUACAGGACGCAUCAGCUUACACGGCAAGUGGCGCUGAGAUGGAUCCUAAGAGGAGGAAGCCGGCCACCACGACGGCGCAGGCCGAUAUUGAGCUUAGGGAGCUGUUGACUAGGAAUACUGGGCGCUCAUUACGAGACGUCGCGGCGGAGGUCAUAAGUGCGGAACGAACAUCUAGAGCGGAGAAGGCGAAACAGCUCUUUGGAAUGCUAUGGUUGCAAUCGGUGUGCCGAGACGCAAAGACAUCUGUACCCCGAAGCCGUGUGUACACUCGUUAUGCCAACAGAUGCGCCACAGAGAGGGUGAUACCUCUGAAUGCCGCCUCAUUUGGGAAGCUAGUGCGGGUCAUUUUUCCAGGCCUUCAGACACGUCGCUUGGGAGUGCGAGGAGAGUCAAAGUAUCAUUAUGUGGAUCUGGCAAUAAUCGAUGACCAGCAAGAAUACCAAGUUACGGAGGGUAUGGUCGCCGCUCAGAACUACAACCAGGAGGCGACGCGGCGCCAUUCAACGGCAACCCAGCUGGAUUUUAAUUCGAUACCGCAACUACCAGCAGAUACCGCAGUUUUUCCAUCCCAGGACCAACACUUCGACUCGCCAACCCUCUCACCACUGGAAGGCUCAUCAUCGUCUCAAGGCCGCUUGUUUACAGACCCAUACACGCCCUCGUUUUCCCACGGUGCUCAGUCAUCGGAAAUGUACAAGCAGACGCUCAAAUUCGCACCACCCGAGCACGAUUCGUUUCAAGAUAGCGAUUCCAUAGAGCUACCCAACAUCUUCAACUACGUUCCGCCUAGGACCGACGUGGACGCGGCAAAUGCGCUUUCGGCGUUGUAUCGCACACACUGUACAUCUCUUGUGGACUGCGUUAGAUUUUGCAAAGAGAAGCAAUUCUUCCGCCUGUUCACCUCAUUCUACGGGACAUUGACCGUACCACCUAGGAAGCUGUUCGUACAUCCGGAUCUGGCGCCGUGGAUAAAGGAAUGCGACUGGCUUAUGUAUCAGAAGAUGAUACGGUUCGUCUCGCAGCUUACGCUUCAAGUGGCGCCGCCAGUCGUACUACAAUUCCUCGGCACCAUCUCAAAGAGGCUGCAUGGAUACAUCAGUCAGGUCUUCCAUGGGCAUCCACGUCACGUUCUCGAGGCGAAGCUUGAGCCGGCCACGCUAUUUGCAGGCCUGUUACAUCGGAUGCUGAGGGUGAACUCGACGGCCCACGCAGCCGCGGCGCUACUCAUGACCGAUCAAAAUCGCGAUCUUAUGUGGCAUGACUGGGUCACGUUGGUCAACCCGAAGCGUAUCAUGGAAAGCGAACUGCCGGACUGUGGAUACGAGGAAACGUACAAGAUCUUGACACAGGAUGUGCGGAGCAUUCUUCAACCGUUGAACACCCCCGCUUGGCUGGAGCAAAACACUCACUAUCAGGAGGCUGCCGCCAUAGCCAACGCGAAUGAUAUAAAUAUGCACUUCAAUAGCGAUACCGUCAUCGACCGCAUAGCCGGCUUCCUCUCGCGGUUACCAAGUCGCUUUCCCGGAGCCAGCACACGAACAUUGCUCCAUUGCAUAAGCGCCAUCGGCACGGCUGCGAUCCGAGAGAUCACCGUGGAAAACGGCAACAGCUUCAAUCUCUGGUGGAUCACGAAGGUCUUCGUGGAUGAAAUGAGCCUUUGGCUAGCAUCACUAGGUGGCUUCCUGGAUCAUCAACCUGGAGAUCCACGCCAAUCACCCUUCCACGGGGUGCAGGAGGGUCUACCCACAGGCGGAAACGGAAGUCAGAACAAUAGUCGCUACAGCAGCGUUGGCCCGGACUUUAGCAACAACCUCAGCUUCGCAACGAACAACGAGCAAGCCAUGCAAACCACAGGGCGCUCGGACAUUGAGAUGAACUCUCAGAGACUGCAACACCCUCUCGCGCAAUCCACGCUUCCGGACAGCUUCGACAUGGACCUUCGUAUCAACACGACCCACGCCAAGCAUACUCAGGAGCAAGAGCACGACGACAGCGGCAUCGGUAUGAGUCUGAUGGAGGACUCGAUCGAGAUGCCCAAAUUCAGCAUGUCUGACCCUGCGACUAACUUUGACUUCAGAGCAGGCCACUUGCCGAUGGAGUAG